UGCCAGGUCAGGAGAUUCUCCGAAGCCUAUUUCUUCUCUGAACACCCCAAAGAGUUGUCUCUGACAUUCCAGGAGGACUUAAUCAACAGACACGGACAGAUCGCCGCAGAGGUGCGGAGCUCCGACUACCUGAGCAGGAUGCCUCCCCUGCCGGUCGAGUGCCUGGACAUCGACGGCGACUGGAACAGCCUGCCCAUCAUCUUCGAGGACCGAUACGUCGCUUCGCCACAAACAGACUGGGGGUCACAUGUGCCAGCGACAGGCGACACACUGCCAGCCGGCCCAGAGCCUGCUGCCGCCGCCGCAGCCAUCGCCAGCUUUCACCAAAGUGACCAGAGCACCCGACCACCAGGCGUACCCGGGGAGCCUUCGGACGCCCCCCUCACAGGAGAGCGCUGCCGGAGCAGAGCCGGAGGCGUGGCGAGCACCGGGGGCGGGCUCCUCGUCGGUGAGGAGGCCCCCCUGAUGAGCCAAGCAGAGGCGUGCGCGGGAGCCGAGCCGUCGGAGACACGGCGGGAACCCGGCCCGAGCGCGGCGCCCCCUGAGGCCGCCGCACCCCCGGACGACGGAGGAGACUCGGUGGUCUGUGGCGAGGACAAGACCCCCCAUGGCCGGGUGAUGGAAGAGGUCCCUGGCACGCUGGUGCCAUGCCGACAACAACAGCAACAACAACAGCAACAACAACAACAACAACAACAACAACAACAACAACAACAACAACAACAACAACACCAACAACCACAGCCUCCAAGCAGCCCAGAGCGGGGCCACUGCGGCGGGGAGGACGGGGGGGUGACCAGCUCGCUGGACGAGGAGGAGGAGGAAGAGAGCGAAGACGCCCCUCUCCGCAACCUGCCCGCCCAGCGCGCCCUCUCCGUCUCCCCCCACCCCGCCGGCACCAGCCUGGCGAGGGAGCUGGGCCGGCGCAGCGGGGGCGGGGCCGGGGCCGGGCUCCCCCGGCUCAUGAAGCGCUCCUCCUCCGUCAUCUCGGACUCGGGCAUCGAGAGCGAGCCCAGCUCCUCGGUGGCGUGGCUGGCGUGGCCCGGGGACGGCGAGGCCGAGGCCGGGGCCGGGGCGCGGCGCUCGGUCGCCCAGUUCUUCCCGCCGCUGCCCGGACGCACCUUCCGGGACUUCAGCAGCGAGCGGGAGAUCCCCCAGCGCGUGGUGCGGCGCCACCCCCGGCGCGGCUCCCAGCGCCGCGUCUCCCUGGAGGGGCUGCGGGCCGAGAGCCACGGCAGCCUGCCGAGCGGCAGCUCCCCGGGCGGGGGCAUCCAGGCCUCGCUGACCUCCAUCAGCUCCCUGCCCUACGAGGACGAGCAGCAGCAGCAGCUGCGGCAGCGCGGCCAGCGGCUCCGGGGGAAGCUCACCAGGUGGGCGUCGGCCCCGCAGAUCAGCUCCGCCCCCGAGGGCACGGGGAACGCGGAGGAUGCCAAGGCGUCGGACACGCCCCGGUCGGACGCCGGCUGUUUGGGGCGCGUCGCCCCGGCGACCGGCGACGCGGCCGAGGGGGACGGGGCGCUGGCGCCGAGGUGGGUGCUGAGUGGUUCCCUCCAGGUGCCCGCCUCCCAGAGGCCGGGGAGCGGGGGCGGCGUCCAGGGGGAGCAGGACGACGGUCUGGAGGACUGGAGGCUGGAGUCGGCGGAAGCCCGGCUGUUUGAAGUGGGGGGGGGGCCCGCGGGCUGCGGGAAGCUCGGGGGCCCCCGGUUGUCAGACGGUCCGACGCUGAGUAAUUGGGCUUUGGACGAGCGCCAACGCUUCACUCAAUGUCCGCCGCUCGCCCUCGAGGUCACGGAGGAGGAGCGGGGGCCGCCCCAGACGCCGGACGCCUCGGGGCCCCUCCAGCCGGCGCCCGGCAAGCAGAGGCCCCGCGACCUCAUCGGGCUGGUGGCCAGCGCCGCGACCCCGCCCGGCGACCUCCGCGGGCUGCUGGCCGACAGCAGCGGUGACGGGGGCGAGGGGGCGCUGCCCCGCCCACUGGAGUGCCCCACCAAGCCCUCCAAGAUCCCCAACGCGGGCCUGGCCUUCAUGAACAAGAAGAUGGUGGAGGUGGUGAACAUGUCCACCUCCUGCGCCCCCACCUGCCUGCCCUUCUCCUCGGUGCUGAGGGACUCGCCCUCCGUCGGGGGGCUCUCGGCGCGCCAGGCCGCCUCCCCCAUUACCCAUCAGCCCCUGGGCUCCUUCGGCAUCAUCUCCUCCUCCUCGUCGCUGCUCAGCCCCCUGGCCAUGGACGAGGAGACCAACGAGAGGAUGCUACAUUUCUACAAGGCCAAAGAGGAGCUGCUGGGGGAGCUGGCUUUCCAGGGCAGCCUGUACAGCGACCUGCCCCUGCUGGCCUCCGACCUGCCCUACUUCCCCCCUGAGGAGGACGACGAGGAGUUUGACGACGGCAUCCAUCUGGUGGUGUGCGUGCACGGCCUGGACGGUAACAGUGCAGACCUGCGGCUAGUAAAGACCUUCAUUGAGCUGGGGCUGCCAGGCUCCAGACUGGACUUCCUCAUGUCUGAGAGAAACCAGACGGACACGUUUGCGGACUUUGACACCAUGACGGACAGACUGCUGGAUGAAAUCAUACAGCAUAUCCAACUUUAUAAUCUCACCAUCGGCCGAAUAAGCUUCAUCGGCCACUCCCUGGGGAACAUCAUCGUGCGCUCGGUGCUGACGCGGCCGCGCUUCCGCUGCUACCUUCCCAGGCUGUACACCUUCCUCUCGCUGUCCGGGCCCCACCUGGGCACCCUGUACAACAACAGCACCCUGGUCAGCACGGGCCUGUGGUUGAUGCAGAAGCUGAAAAAAUCGGGAUCCCUGCUUCAGCUUACCUUCAGAGACCACAUGGAUCCCAGGAAGACCUUCCUGUACCUGCUGAGCCAGAAGCCAGGGCUGCAGUUCUUUAAGAACGUGGUGCUGGUGUCCUCCCCGCAGGACCGCUACGUCCCGUUCCACUCGGCCAGGAUAGAGCUGUGCAGGACGGCCCUCAAAGACCGGACCACAGGCCCCGUGUACACGGAGAUGAUCAACAACCUGUUGCGUCCCCUGGUGGAGGCCAAAGAGUGCCGUCUGAUUCGCCAGAACGUGUUCCACGCCCUGCCCAACACAGCCAACACUCUGAUUGGCCGAGCCGCACACAUCGCCGUGCUGGACUCUGAACUCUUCCUGGAGAAGUUCUUCUUAGUCGCCGGCCUUGGUUACUUCAAAUAAGAAGAUAUAUAUAUAUAUAUAUAUAUAUAUAUAUAUA